UUGCUAGAACUCUUGUUUUAAGUAACCGGAAAUACGAUGGCUGCGGGGAAUCACGACCAAAAAUACUUUGUAAAACGGCCUGAAAGCUACGUUCAAAAUAAAUUGAAGAACGAUUUUUCGUGGUCUGAUCCAAGAGGAUCAUAUUCGAUCGAUGCUCAAGGGAACUUCUACAACAACGACGAAAGAGAACUGCGUAGUUUGAUUCCUAACUACAAUAGCAAAUACGGCAGUGAUCUGACAGCUGGUUUCGAUCCAUCGGAGAAAGAUGGUCGACCGCUUGAUUCCUUGCUGUAUUGGAUUGUUUUAAACAAAAAUACAAUAUCAAAAACUAGCAGUGGUCCAGGGAAACGAUUGGAUGCAGAGUUUGUUUUCACAGUAGGAGCAAUGAGAAGGCUUCUUGCAACUCUGUUUGACACUGAUGGAAACUAUAAACAGCCAUGGAAAAUGUACGCUAUCAAGUACAACGGUACAAUCUACAUCAGUAGCGUGAAGGACUUUACUGAGACGGUAGGACCCCCACAAGAACCUAAACUAGGCUGUCAAAACCGAGAUGAAGAGUUGAAGAUGAUUAGUUUCAUGGGAUUAAAGUUUGAAGAGUUGAUAUCAAAGCUAGAGCCCGGUAAAUCGCAAGGCAAGCCGGCUGAUCGAAAAGUCGACGGAAGACAAGGAUUCUAUAGUGUUAGAAGAGGCAAAUUUGGUGGCCGCCAUCUUGUGCUAACCAGAGCUCAAGUUGAUUUUGCUGAAAAUGACGAGUACGUGGAGUGCAAGCUUUGCCCCGACUUUUACACGGGCCAAGAUGAAUGGAAGUUCUCAAUGUACAAGCUCCGUAAUUGGUGGUAUCAUAUGUAUGCCGCGAACAUGAAACAGGUCAUAUACGGCAUCCGGGAUGGCCCGAAGUUGAAGCAAGUGUGUCGGAUCAGGCAGAGCGAGAUCCCGCGCCAAGUGAAGAAUCCGAAUUUGUCUUGUCCACUCGUGAUUCAAUCAGCCCUCAGAAGUUGGAAUCCAAUGGCGAGUAUAGGAUUUGUAGAUGACUUCUUGCAGUGGUUGAAGGGAAUAGUGGUUGAGGAUAGCCAUGGAAUGGAUGGAGGUCGUGCGGUGCAGUAUGUACUAGAAUGGGGAAUACGUUCGUCAUUCAUUGGUUACUCCCGUGAAGAAGUGCGCAUGUCUAAUUUCGUUCUUCUACCUGAUUGGUACAUCACAGAAAUGUCUGCUUUCUUUGGCUAAGUCGGGUUUAUAUUCACGCUUGGAACAUUGCACCGCACUUCAGUAUUCUUCAGUAAGAAGAAUUGACAAUUUCAAUAAAUUUUUUGUGGUCGGUUUUUACUAUGCACUACACCUAAGCCCUAUUUUAUUGAGAGGGGGUCGUUCUGGGGUGACCAAAGCCAAUUUGAAAGGGUCAUAAAUGACUCUGAUUUUUACAGUACUAAUAAUUUACUUAGGACAGGGAAAAACGUUUAGAAUCUAGUAGAAAUUCUUAAAUCUUAGAUAAAUUUGAUAAUUGGAUAUUAAAUGUUUUGGA